CCGCAGGGGGCUGCGAUGGGACGGGAGCCAUGAAUGGUGCCGCCCCCGGCCCCAGCGCCGCCGCCGCCGCCCCGGUCCCAGACUGGCGGCAGUUCUGCGAGCUGCACGCACAGGUGGCCGCCGUGGACUUCGCGCACAAGUUCUGUCGCUUCCUGCGGGACAACCCGGCCUACGACACUCCGGACGCCGGGGCCUCCUUCUCACGCCACUUCGCCGCCAACUUCCUGGACGUCUUCGGCGAGGAGGUGCGGCGAGUGCUGGUGGCCGGGCCGGCGUCGCGGGGGACAGCGGAGCACGAGGCAAUGGAGCCCGAGGCGGCGGCGCCCCCAGCCCUCAAGGUGGCCUCCUGCGGCCACUCGCGCAGCUCGGAGGACGUGUCCGGCUCGGCCGCCAAGGCCCGCGCCCGCAAGGGCUUCUCGCUGCGCAACAUGAGCCUGUGCGUGGUGGACGGCGUGCGCGACAUGUGGCACCGCCGCGCCUCCCCGGAGCCCGAUGCGGGCGCCGCCCCGCGAGCCGCCGAGCCUCCGUCGGAGCCGCGCGACAAGUGGACCCGGCGCCUGCGGCUGUCACGGACCCUGGCGGCCAAGGUGGAGCUGGUGGACAUCCAGCGCGAGGGCGCGCUGCGCUUCAUGGUGGCCGACGACGCGGCCACGGGGUCCGGGGGUGCCGCGCAGUGGCAGAAGUGUCGCCUGCUCCUGCGCAGAGCUGUCGCCGGGGAGCGAUUCCGCCUGGAGUUCUUUGUGCCCCCCAAGGCAUCCAGGCCCAAGGUCAGCAUCCCACUGUCGGCCAUCAUCGAGGUCCGCACCACCAUGCCCCUGGAGAUGCCGGAAAAGGACAACACGUUUGUGCUCAAGGUGGAGAACGGAGCUGAGUACAUCCUGGAGACCAUUGACUCGCUGCAGAAGCACUCGUGGGUGGCUGACAUCCAGGGCUGCGUGGACCCUGGCGACAGCGAGGAAGACGCUGAGCUGUCCUGUGCCCGGGGAGGCUGUCUGGCCAGCCGCGUGGCCUCCUGCAGCUGUGAGCUCCUGACAGAUGCAGACCUACCCCGGCCCCCAGAGACAACGGCGGCCGUGGGUGCGGUGGUGACAGCCCCACACAGCCGCGCUCGAGACACCCUCGGAGAGUCCCUGCCACACGUCCCACUAGAGACCUUCCUUCAGACCCUGGAGUCCACAGGCGCCAGUGGUGGUGACAGCAGUAAUGCAGAAGAGGGUGCUGAGCCCGAUCCUGAGGCAGAGCCCAAGCUGGAACUCUCCGACUACCCCUGGUUCCACGGAACGCUAUCACGGGUCAAGGCGGCGCAGCUGGUGCUGGCAGGAGGGUCCCGGAGCCACGGCCUCUUCGUGAUCCGCCAGAGUGAGACCCGGCCGGGGGAGCACGUGCUGACCUUCAACUUCCAGGGCAAGGCCAAGCACCUGCGCCUGUCCCUGAAUGGCCACGGCCAGUGCCACGUGCAGCACCUGUGGUUCCAGUCCGUGCUGGACAUGCUCCGCCACUUCCACACCCACCCCAUCCCCCUGGAGUCAGGGGGCUCCGCCGACAUCACCCUACGAAGCUAUGUGCGGGCCCAGGGCCCUCCACCUGGAGCGCCUGCUGGAGGCCGCGGCGGGCCCGGUGGAAGAGGCCGCCGAGGCGGCGCCGGGACGCACCCGCGCGGUUGAGAACCAGUACUCCUUCUACUAGCGGGGGCGGAGCGGGGAGGCGCCGCGGGAGGCCCCGCCCAUCGGCGGCACGCCCCGCCCACCGGCCCUAGCCCGUUGCUGGGGGAAAAGCGAAGCUCUUCAGUGAAGACAUAAAUGUUAUUAAAGAGCCUGUUUUAGGGACUGCA